AUGGCUCCGAAGUCGUCUUCGUCUUCCCGGGUGUGGGAUGGCCUCACGCCUUCGCUGUCGGAAUGGACGCUCGACGCUGUGGCCUCCAUGGGCUUCACGCGCAUGACCCCCGUUCAGGCCUCCGCCAUCCCGUUGUUUAUGGCGCACAAGGAUGUGGUGGUCGAGGCCGUCACAGGAAGUGGAAAGACAUUGUCGUUCUUGAUUCCGGUCGUGGAAAAGCUUCUGCGCCUUGAAGAGCCACUUAAGAAGCAUCAUAUCGGAGCCAUCAUCAUUUCUCCGACGAGAGAACUGGCAUCGCAGAUAUAUAAAGUUCUUUUGUCGCUAUUGGAAUUCCAUCCUCCAUCGGCAGCAGCCAUCAACCCUCCGGAAGACGACGCGCCUCGACCGAAAUUCCCCUCGUCAACGCUCAAAGUCAUCCCGCAACUUCUCCUCGGUGGCUCGACAUCUCCUGCGGAGGAUCUCAGCUCAUUUCUGAAACGGUCCCCCAAUGUGAUUGUCUCGACACCAGGAAGAUUGUUGGAGCUUCUUUCGUCGCCCCAUGUCCACUGUCCACAGGCGUCCUUUGAAAUGCUGGUUCUGGACGAAGCUGAUAGACUGUUGGAUCUCGGAUUCAAAGAUGACCUUCAGAACAUUUUGCGCCGGCUACCCAAACAACGGCGGACAGGUCUGUUUAGCGCAAGUAUUAGUGAAGCUGUUGAUCAGAUCGUCCGGGUUGGCCUGCGCAAUCCCGUCAAAGUUGCCGUGAAGGUUAAAGGAGCUGCUGGUGUCGAGGACAAGCGCACCCCUGCAAGUCUUCAAAUGACCUACCUGACAACGCCCCCAGCACUCAAGUUUUCCAUACUCAAGUAUAUUCUUGGAUCAGUCGAACCCACACCCCAAAAGACGAUAUUGUUCGUGUCCACAUGUUCCAGCGUCGAUUAUCUAUCCGUAAUAUUGCCAUUGGUAUUGGGAGAUGAUUAUCUCAUGGUCCCACUCCAUGGGAAACACCCUGCCAAUGUCCGCCAAAAGAACUUUACCCGCUUCACCACUGCCACAACACCCGCCAUCCUCCUCACCACCGAUGUUGCCUCCCGCGGGCUGGAUAUUCCAUCCGUCGACCUUGUUGUGCAGAUCGAUCCACCGUCCGACCCGAAAACCUUUAUCCAUCGAUGCGGCCGAGCAGGACGCGCCGGCCGCAGAGGCCUCAGUAUAGUUCUUCUGCACCCCGGCCGCGAGGAAGACUACGUCUCGUUUCUGGACACAGACGCCGCUGUCGCUACGGAGACCAUGCGCAAGACCAUCCUGCGAGACCGUGCUCUGCACGACAAAGGCCAGAAAGCGUUUGUCAGCUGGCUCCGCAGCUACAGCAAACACAAAGCGAGUAGCAUAUUCCGCGUGGCGGACCUGGACUGGGAAGCCCUCGGUAAAGCAUGGGGCCUUCUCAAAUUGCCCAAAAUGCCCGAGCUCCGCAAUUUCAAAGGAGACCGGACGUUGGGUGUUGCCAUCGACUGGAACAGCUAUGCAUACAAGGACAAGCAGCAAGAGAAGCGGCGCAAGGAGAUCGUGGAGGAGACGGCUCAAGGAGACGGUGCCCAGCAAGAAUUUUCACGGAAGCGACGAGCUACUGAGAAUGCGCCGUGGAGCCACAACAACGAGUCGCGCGACAAGAAGCUCAAACGGAGAGAGUCGAAGAAGGCGCGGAAGGACAAGGAUCGGUGGGAGCGCUUGCCAGAGGACGAAAAACAAAAGAUUCUCGAGACAGAGCGGAUGGUCGAAGAGAUCCGAGUAAAAAACGAGGAGCAAUGGUUACUCAAUCGCGCAACCAAAACCGGCGCAAAAGAUGGAAAUGGCGACGAAGAAUUCGAGGGGUUUGACUAG